AUGGAAUUUGGGACUGCAAAACUACUGAGGACAGCUAUUAAAAAGUACUUUAUUGAAAGUAAUAGAGAGUUUAAAUAUGUAAGCAAUGACAUGAGAAGAAUUAGGGUCAAAUGCAAAGCUAAACAAUGUCCUUGGUUGUUGUAUGCAAGUGUUUCAAGAGCUGACAACACUACUUUCAAAGUGCAGACUUUAGUAGAUAACCACAACUGUGGUUUGGCCCUUAAUAAUAGUCAUGCCGAUGCUCCCUGGUUGUCUAAGUAUUUUUUAGAGCAAUUCAGAAUCAAUCCAGAUAUGAAGUAUAAGACUUUUAGAGAGAUGACAACUAAAACCAAGUACUCACAUGUUUCUAAUUGGGUAUUCUACAGGGCAAAGGCCAGAGCAAAAAUAUUGCUUGAAGGUAGUGUCUCUGAGCAAUAUGCUAUCUUGGAAGACUACUGCAAAAUGAUAUUGGCUACAAACCCAGGUAGCACUGCCAUCAUCAAAUCAAAUAUGGUAGAAGGAAAAAUGAUAUUUGAGAGGGUAUAUAUCUGCUUAAAAGCUUGUAAGGAAGGUUUCAGAUCUGGCUGUAGACCACUCAUUGGUCUUGAUGGGUGCUUCCUCAAAGGGUAUUGUAAAGGAUUGCUUUUGGCUGCAGUAGGAAUAGAUGCAACAAACUCAAUGUAUCCUAUUGCUUAUGCAGUUUGUGAGAAAGAAAACACUAACAAUUGGUCUUGGUUUUUAGAAUUGUUGAAGGAAGAUCUAGAUAUUGACAGGCCUUCUCAGUUUGCUAUGAUGAGCGAUAGACAGAAAGGGUUGGAGAAUGCUAUUGCUUCUGUUUUUGAGGGUGCAGAGGUGAGAAAUUGUGUUAGGCACUUGCAUUCCAACUUCAAGAAAGACCACCCAGGUUUGUUAUUGAAACAACAACUAUGGGCAGCAGCAAAGGCAACCACUAUUCCAGAGUUUCAAAAGAGGAUGAGAGAGUUAAGGGAAACUAGUGAAAAUGCUUACAACUGGUUGGCACUAAAGACUCCAUCCGAGUGGUCUAGGUCACAUUUUAGUGAAAUGGUGAAAUGUGAUAUGUUGUUAAACAACCUUUGUGAAUCUUUUAAUGCUGCAAUAGUUGAUGCUAGAGACAAGCCGAUAAUUACUUUGCUAGAAAAGAUUCGUUAUUGGCUAAUGAGUCGGUUUUUCAAUAAGAGGGAAAGAAUCAUAUACCCUAUGCCAAGCCUAGAGCAGUGGCCAGAGACUGGUUUGAACCCUAUAUACCCACCUUUUGAAACUAAUCUGCCAGGGAGACCAAAAAAGGCCAGAAGAAGAGAGUCUGAUAAACCACCCCUAAGUUCAACAAAAACUCGAAGGUUUGGUCAGAUCCACUUGUGCAGAAAGUGCAAACAGCCAAGCCACACAAGCAAAACAUGCCCCAACCCAACAAAUGCUCAGGUUCCUGCUAAAAAGAAAAGGGGUAGGGCACCGGCUGCAAAUCCCACUGAAGCAACAAAGAAAAGAAAAGAACGAUUGACAAAGCAAAAACAAAGCUUUUCUCAGCAAGGGGGUCCCAAAACUCGAGCCAGACAACAUGACCUUUCUCAGCAAGGUGGUCCUUCGACUAGGUCCACAUAA